AUGCUCUCUGCUUUUUCAGAACAACCUGGCUUGGGUCCGGCGACUCGGGAAUCAACCGAUGCAUCUAUCCACCAGCGUCUGACCAUCGAGCUUCACCUUUUGAUCAUUGAACACUUGGAACGCGAUGAUUUUGCCGCGUACCUUCGUGUCUGUCGUGCAUGGCGUCACGCCGGUCUCAGCGACGAUGUUUGGCCACGGUUCGCAGAUGCAUGCCUGCCUGGAUUGAAGGAGCGCAUUCGACUCGAAUCAGAGAAUGACCAGUCCAUCAUUCAAAGUGAUCUUUUCAGGCGCUCCUUGAUGCUCAUAUGUCGUCGGAGUCAUGGCAAGUUUACGACUGUAUUUGAAAACAAUCUGAGACUCGACACGGAGGACUACUUUCAACUCGACACCAGUUUAUCAGUCCUCGAAGGUGGCGUCCAUUCCUACGACGACUAUCUGGAUGCUGACUUUACCAAGAAAUUGGCGCGGCAUAUAGAAGUCAACGAACUGAUGGGAGAAGAGACAGAUUUGGAAAGUACUAAGCGGUUGCUGUGGUAUUCUCACGGUCGCAUUGCGUGGACCUCAACCGUGCCACGCCGACCACUUCUAAUUGUGAUCGAUGAGCUACGCACAAGAAUACGAAAGGCUUAUUCAUUCCCAGGCCAUACCACUUCCGAUGUAGUUUAUGAGACGGCACUGGGGGAUCAAUUGUUCGUCAUGACAAGUGGUCACAAGAUGUGCAUUUGGCAUAUGGAGCGAGAUACUUGUACAUCCGUUACGCUCCCACUACCGUUGACACGAUGCUCCACCGAAGGGGAGAGGGUCCUUGCUGUCACGACCAAUGCCGAAGUGUACAUGUGGAUGGCAGAGUCCGGUAUGCAGAAGAUAGACAUGUCCAGUGUCACUGGUUACAAACAUGGCUAUCUAGAGAAGUGCUAUUUCGGCUACUUUGGACCUGGCGACCUCGGCCCGCCGUUGCAGGCCUCGCUUUGUUUAUCUCCGCUUGGCCAUUUUGCUGAGUUUGGCGCUCGCCCGCGCUUGAGCUACAUCGAUAGCUUCGAUUUCAUCAUGCAUCCCUACAAAGCAAAUACUAUCUUCAUGGCGGCCUUUCACGAUAAGGCUUUGGUUGUAUACGAGUUCAAUGACGGGUCAUGGAAAGCCCAUCACGCUCCCAAAACUAUCAAGGUGUCUCAUGCAUACUUGCGUCACAUAUUGCUUCGGAAGACCAGUUCUCAUGGCGAUUAUGUACUUUGUGAAAUAUCAUUAAGAGCAUCAUGGAGCAAUGAGCAGAAAGCCAGACAAUUGGGCAUAUGCUGUCCAAAGUCAGGCGGCGAUGUAGAGAUCUCUAUAUCUUUCAAUAUUUACACAAAGGCGUUCAGCAUCGCUCGUCAUCACUUCCGUGGCCACUAUCUCCCAACAUCGUCGAAAAUGCUGAACAAGGCGUACAGUAUUUGGAACCAGCAACUAGUUCACAUCUCUUCCUUUCCCCAUAGCUUCGACAUCCUAGCCAUUGGUGAAUGCCAACAAGACUCGGAUUUCCAACACAACAGGAGGCAAGUUAAGGUGCGGAACGAUCUUUCUCUUUCUUCAUCGGUAUCGAAAUCGCUGAUUGUACUGCAUGAUUUCAAGGAAUCGGGCCAGGAUUCGCACCAACAGGACAUCGAAUUUUACCUAGACAGAUCUGGAGUAAGCUCGGCGAAGCAUUUCUGGCAGGGUGAGAAAUUGCCGAAAGACAAAUCUGGCGUGAUGAAAAGCGCAUGCCAAAAGACGUACGUACUCGGGGACGAUGAGUAUUUGAUUUUGACGAGAGGAGACGGCGUGUAUACGGUACAUGGUUUUGAUAAAGGAUUUUGA